AUGCACAGCGAAGAUUCAAGAUCAAAUCAUACGCAGUGCGGAAACGUAGCAAAUGAUAGCCAAGAGGUAAUUCAUGGAUUCAAACUCGUCAAAUCUAAAGAAUUUCCGCAAUAUAACUUUAUUGCGCGAAUGUAUGUUCACGAGAAGCAUGGGUGUCAAUUCCUCAACAUCGAAACGAAAGACAAUAACAAUACAUUUGCAAUUACAGUCAAAACAUUAUGUUUUGAUGACAGCGGCUCAACGCAUGUUUUAGAGCAUAUGGUUCUUCAUGGUAGCGAGAAAUACCCUAUCAAUGACGUAUUCAAUGAACUAGAAAAACGUUCAAUCGCUUCAUAUAUGAAUGCAUCUACGUAUUUUGACUGGACACAAUACCCGUUCACAACACAAAACGAAAAGGAUUUCCAUAAUAUACUCGAUGUCUACAUGGAUGCUGUCUAUCACCCACAACUUAGCGAAAAUAAUUUCUUGGUCGAGUGCCAUCAUUUAGAGCCAUCCGAUCUCAACGAUCCCAACUCCCAAUUAACACAUUGUGGAGUAGUUUACAACGAAAUGGCUGGUGUUUUAUCAUCAGAAUCAGAAUAUUAUUCAGAAAAGCUUCGUGCAGCAUUAUUAUCCGACACUCCAUACAGAUUCAUCUUUGGCGGUGAACCAUCAUCAAUUGCCAAGAUGACUUUAGACGAUUUAAAGAGCCAACACAAAAAAUAUUAUGCUCCAUCGAAUUCUUUGUUUUUCCACUACGGAUCCUUCGACAAAGUCAAAAUUUUCGAACAUGUUAACAGUUUCUUAUCAAAAAUCGAACCAGUUCAUGUAGAAUUUCCAAUUGAAAAUUUAAUCCAGCCAAAAUGGUCAGAACCGAAGCGCAUUGAGAUAGAAGGUCCAAUGGGAACAAUGGGUGAUGAUUCCAAGAAGAUCAAGUCGACAAUUCAAUGGCUAAUUGGAGAUUGUUCCGAAGAUCAGUUAUAUUAUGACUUAUACGUCAUAGAUGCAUUGCUUACAGGAUCCUGUGCAGCCUCUCUUUAUCAGAAGCUCAUUAAGUCCCAAAUUGCGGUUGCAUUUCUCGAAACAGGUCCAGAUUCAUCGAUGAAAAACCUGACAUUCCACAUUGGCGUUGAAGGACUGACAGAAGACAAUUUAGAGUUGUUCCACGACACAGUUAUGGAAACGCUCCAAGAAAUUGUCAAAAACGGUUUUUCAAAAGAAUUAAUUGCUUCUGCCCUUCAUUCCAUUGAAAUUACUGAGCGCAGGAUCUCGGGAAAUUUCGGCAAGAGGCUCCUCAACUCAAUGACGAGCGAGUGGGUCAUGGGUCUCGAUCCAUUUAAAGUCAUGGAUGUUACAAAGUAUUUGGAAGAUUUGAGGGAAAGAAUCGAGUCGAACGAAAACUAUUUGGAAAACAUUGUUGACAAAUAUCUCUUGAACAACAAGUCAAGAAUACAUUUCGUAAUGAGACCUGUUAAGAAUUUCAUCGAAGAUAGAAAUAAAAAAGUGCAAAAUGAAUUGAAUGAUUUACAAAAUACGUUAUCUGAUGAAGAGAAACUGAAAAUUGUUGAAACAGCGAAAAAACUGAAGAAACAUGUUGAAGAACCGAAACCAUUGCAUCUAUUACCAUCUGUUAAACCAAAAGAUAUCGAAAGAUCAUUAAUUCCAUUGACGAUGUCAAAAGAAAAUGGAAUUUGGGUGUUUGAAGUUCCUACAAACGGUAUCGUUUACGGGCGUAUCAGAUGUGAAGUGAAUUUGAAUGAUCUUUUGAUACGAGACACGAGAAUUUUUGCCAAUUGUUUUGCAGCGAUAGGAUGUGGAGAUUUAGAUGAUGAACAAUUCAGUAUACAAGAAGAUCUUUAUACAGGAGGUCUCGUGCCAAGUGUUGUUGUUGAUACUGAUACAACUUCAAAAGAAGAUAAUCCGAAAUUAUAUGUAAUUUUGUCUUUUUCGUGUUUGGAAAGAAACAUUGAAAAAACUUUGUCACUUUUACGAUCAGUUCUUUUUGAACCAUAUUUAGAAAACAAAGAACAGAUCAUUGCAUUGACAAAUAUGUUGGCAAGUGAAUAUACUGAUGAUAUCAUGGAUUCCGGAUCUACUUUCGCUUCAAUUUGUUCUCAAUCGAAAUUAAGAAGAUCUUCUGCAAUUGAAGAAAUUAUUGAAGGUGUCACGUUUCUUAAACGCAUCACUUCACUUACGGAAUAUGAAGACAACCAUGACGAGAUUGUUCAAAUCGUUAGUGACUUUUAUCACAAUGUGUUUAGGAAAGGAAAAUUCGAUGCUUCUUUGAAUUGCGAAAAGAAAAACGCUGAAAUUUUGAAACCAAAAAUUUUUGAGUUACUUCAAGAAUUGAACAAAGGAACUGACAUGGAAAGUCUUCAGUCAGAAAGUAGAUAUGAUUUGAUUGACGAGUUCAUUGACCAACAAAAUGAAUUCGCAAAUAAUUUCAUCGAAAUCGACACUUCAACUAAUUUUACAAGUGUCUCAAAAAUUGCUCCAUUAUUCAAUGAAGAUUUGUCAAUUGCUACAACAGUGCUUGCAAAACUUCUUGAAGGAGAAAUCUUCUACCAAGAUGUCAGACUGAAAUUGAAUUCUUACGGAGCAAUCGCAAGCUACAAUUCUGUCAAAGGAACAUUCACUUUGUCUUCGUACAGAGAUUCGAAUUGUCAAGGAGUUAUUAAAGCAGCACAUGACUGUUUGGUUAAAGUCAAAAAUGGAGAAUUUACUGAUGAAAUGGUUGAUAGAGCAAUUGUCCAAUUAUUCACUGCUUUAGAUAAACCUGUGUCUCCUUCAAUUCGUGGUUAUUAUCUGUUUAUGGGUAACUAUAACCAGGAAGACAAAGCAAAGAGAAGAUUGAAGUAUUUGGAUGUAAAGAAAGAUGAUUUGAUUGAAGCAGCCAAAUAUUUGCUGGAAAUGGAAGAGAGAAUAACAGUUCUUGGAAAUAUUUCUGUGUCUCAACCUCCUGAUGACUUCUUAAUAGAAAAAUUAGCUGAUAAUGAUGAAUCUACUACUGAAAAUUAA